UUAUGGUAUGGCGUAGGCAAUGCUUCACUAUAUAAGGAGAUGAGCUAUGUCAUAGCUAGCGAGAUGUGCUCAAACUUAACCUUUUCUUUUUUGCUUAGCUAGAUAUAAUCUUGCCAAAAAAAAAAAACCCAUAAACCAUGAAGGUGAAAAUAGAGAGUACAAGAAUUAUUAAACCUAUCUAUGAGGGUAUGUUUCCUCCAUCAACCUCACAAUUUAUCCCUUUGAGUGUAUUUGAUAGAGUCACUUAUAAUACUCAUAUAGCAGUCAUUUAUGCCUAUCGUCCACCGACACCCACGAAUGCAAUCAUUGAGCUUGGCCUCCAGAAGGCCUUAUCUGAAUACAGAGAAUGGGCUGGAAGAUUAGGGGAAGAUGAGAAAGGAGAUCCUGUCAUUUUUCUUAAUGACAAAGGGGUGAAACUGGUUGAGGCUUCAGUGGAUUGCAUGCUUGAUCAACUCUUACCCUUGAAGCCAUCUCCUGUUUUGCUUAGCCUUCACCCUAGCUUGAAGGAUGUGGAGGAGCAUGUGCAAGUUCAGCUCACAAGGUUCACUUGUGGUUCAUUAGUGAUUGGCUUCACAGCUCAUCACUCGGUUGCUGAUGGGCAUUCCACUAGUAAUUUCUUGGUUUCAUGGGGGAAAGCAUGUAGGGGUCUUGACAUGAGUCCAUUUCCUCUUCAUGAUCGAACCAUUUUCAAACCUCGAAAACCUCCUAUUUUUGAGUUUGAACACAUAGGAGCUGAGUUCAAAAACAAGAAUGCUUGUCCUAAUCAUUAUGCUGAUAACUUUUCUGAUGAUAGUAUUAUAGUUCACAAAGUCCAUUUCACAAUGGAUUUUCUCUCCAACCUCAAGGCUAGAGCUUCUUCGUUAUCAAAUAAUGGACUGCAGAACAAGCCUUAUAGCACUUUUGAGAGCUUGGUUGCUCAUCUAUGGAGAGCCAUUACAAAGGCUCGAGGACUCGGUGGAUACAAAACAACACAUGUGAGAAUCUCAGUGAAUGGACGCAUGCGAAUGAGUCCAAAAGUACCCAACGAGUACUUUGGAAACUUGGUGCUUUGGGCAUUUCCAACUGCUAAGGUUAAAGACCUACUACGAGAGCCAUUACCUUAUGCCGCCAAGAUCAUUCAUGAAGCCAUUGCAAAGGUGAACGACAACUACUUCAAAUCAUUCAUCGACUUUGCUACCCACAAGGCGGAGAAGGAAGAAGAUCUCGUGCCCACGGCGGAGAUGAACAAAUCAGUCUUAUACCCAAAUUUGGAGGUUGAUAGCUGGCUAAGAUUCCCAUUUUAUGACUUGGAUUUUGGAGGAGGAAGUCCUUAUUUAUUCAUGCCAUCUUAUUUUCCAACAGAAGGAAUGAUUUUUCUUCUGCCUUCGUUCAUCGGAGAUGGAAGCAUAGACGCUUUUAUACCUCUUUUCCAGGAAAAUUUGGCUACCUUGAAAGAAAUUGUCUAUUCACUAGACUAAACUAGUUAUUGUUAUAAUUAUUCUCUUUCUUUUCUUGUGAAAAUUUUAACAUCUUAUUAUUUUUUUUCAAGAAAAAAAGGAUGAAGUUUGGUUUACAA